GUGCGUCACUUCCGGGCCUCCCAAGCCUACCGUGGGAAAGUGGCCCUCGCCUUUCCCACGGGUGCAGGAUGAACGACUCCAGCGGAGCUGGUGAGUUGAGGGUGGGUUAUAUAUAUAUAUAUAGUGGAAGUAGAAUGAAUGAAUGUGUUAUGUACUGAAGUUCACUCACAACUUAACAGAAUGAAUGAAUGAGAGUCCUCUUGGCCAGUAGCCAUUGAAAACCCUCCUUGAAUUUGCCUAACACGUUUAAAGCCAGCCAAGAUGGCAGCCCACCCCAAUAUUUUGUGGUAGCAAGAUGGGAAGGUGCAAGAGCAGGGCACCCUUCUGAGGUCGGAUCUCCCUUCUCCAGGUAGCACCAGACCCAGGGUGGCUGGGAGAUGGUUGUCACAGACUCAGGGAUGAUGGGAGUUAUAGCUCAAUUGGUAGAGCAUGAGCCUCUUAACCUGCGGGUUGUAAGUUCAAGCCGACAUUGUACAAAAGAUCCCUGUAUUUCAAAGGGUUAGACUAGAUGGCCCUCAUGGUCCCUUCCAACUCUACAAUUCUGUGACAUCUGGAGAGCCAAGGGUUUCCAUGCCUUUUGCUUAAAAUGUUUCUGUGUCUUGAAUGAAUGAAUUUGUGCCCUAUUUUGAAGGUCCUGUUACUUCCUUGCUCUCUUAAAAUGUCACUAUCUAUAUGUAUAUUUGCCAGCAGAUGCCGUUUGGGAGAACGAGGAGCAGAAGGACAGAACAUCCAGGAUGUCACAAGAAAGGAUCACGACCAUGGAGGUGGAAAUGAAGAUUGGGAACCCAGAUGAACUACAUAGACGGGAUGAAACCCUACCAGAGGACGGCAGGAAAGAAUCCUCCGCUUUUCAAGGUGGAGAUCUCCCAGAUGUUCAGGAGAUGAUAGACACUGAAGAGGACAGGAAUAAAUGUAUUACAUGUGGGAAGGUAUUCAGAGAUGACUCAAACCUUAAGCGACAUCAGAGAACCCACACAGGAGAAAAACCCUAUCAGUGUUUGUACUGCGGGAAGAGUUUUAGCCGGAACACGAACCUUGCUUCACAUCACAGAACCCACACAGGGGAGAAACCGUAUAUGUGUUCCGUUUGUAGCAAGACUUUUUGUGACAAAUCGAGCCUUAACCGACAUCAGAGAACCCAUACAGGGGAGAGACCGUAUGAGUGUGACGAGUGUGGGAAGAGCUUUGAUCUGAGCCAGUCUCUCAUUAGCCACCAGAGAACCCACACGGGAGAGAGGCCCUAUAGGUGCUCGGAAUGUGGGAAGACUUUCAACCGGAGUCAGAACCUGCGUAGCCACAAGAGAAUCCACACGGGAGAGAAACAGCACAAGUGCUUGGAAUGCGGGAAAAGUUUCAGCCGCAGCCAGAACCUUACGAGGCAUCAGAGCAGCCACACAGAGGAUAAACUGUAUAAGUGCCAUGAGUGUGGGAAAAGCUUCCGUCUCAGCCAGUCCCUUAUAAGUCACCAGAGAAUUCACACGGGAGAGAAACCAUAUACGUGCUCCCAGUGUGGGAAAAGCUUCAACCGGAGCCAGAACCUUAUCAGCCAUCAGAGAAUCCACACUGGAGAAAAACAGUACAAGUGUUCAGAAUGUGGGAAAAGCUUCAACUGGAGCCAAGAUCUCCUCCGUCAUCAGAGAAUCCACACAGGAGAGCAACCCUAUCGCUGCACGGAAUGUGGGGAACGCUUCAAUCGGCGGGAGAAUCUUAUCAGACACAUGAGAAUACAUCUGGGAGACACCACUUAAGUUGUAGUGAGUGGCAGGGGGAGGGGAGUGAACAGAAGCCACUUCCUUAUCAUUCAUCUGGCAAUCCACUUUUAUUUUUAAAAGCAUGCCAUUAGAGAGAUCUAUGGUGUGACCACAUUUCGAAUAGUGUGUACAGUUCUAGUUGUCUCACCUCAAAAAGGAUAGUGUGGAGUUGGGAAAAUUUCCGAAAAGAGCAACCCAAAUGAUCAAGGGAAUGGAUUGACUUCUCCGCCCUGUGUCAGAAUUUGGAUUGUAAGCUCCUGGAGGACAGAGACCUAUCUUCUUAAUAUUACUAUGUAACGAAACAUGCACAACAACAUUUCUAUUCAAAUAAUUUAAAAAGUUUACGUCCCCUAGAAAAGAUGUGUUCCAUCGUAAGGCAGAACAUAACAUUCACAACAGCGUGUUUAAGUGUGUGACAAGAAGUGGUUUUAAACAUGCCUUGUUUUCUUGUUGGAUAGUUUUUGCUUCACUUAAUAUUUAUUAAACUGAUAUCCCCCCUUUAUUUCUGAAUGAGUCUAUAUGCAGUGCAUUGCUAGCAACAGGAGAUUUACUCAGGAAAUUCUCCUAUUCAGACACUGAGGUCCAGCUCCGAGGGCCUUCUGGCAGUUCCCUCCCCGCGAGAAGUGAGGUUACAGGGAACCAGGCAGAGGGCCUUCUCGGUGGUGGCUCCCGCCUUGUGGAAAGCUCUCCCAUCAGAUGUUAGAGAGAUAAACAACUAUCUCACUUUUGGAAGACAUCUGAAGACAGCCCUGUUUAGGGAAGUUCUUAAUGUUUGAUGUUUUAUUGUGUUUUUAAUAUUCUGUUGGGAGCCUCCCAGAGUGGCUGGGGAAACCCAGCCUGAUGAAUGGGGUAUAAAUAAUAAAUUAUUGUUAUUAUUAUUAAA